AUGAGGAGACUGAGUUGGCUGUGGCUCCUGCCCCGGAUCUGUCUGCUGCUGCCGCCGCCCUGCGCGCUGGUCCUGGCCAGGGUGCCCGGCUCCUCGUCCCACCCGCAACCCUGCCAGAUCCUCAAGCGCAUAGGGCACACGGUAAGGAUCGGGGCGGUGCACCUGCAGCCCUGGACGGAGGCAGCGCGGGCCGCCACUGCCUCCUCCUCCUCCUUCUCGUCCAGCAGCGGCCGCAGCCAGGACCGCGGCUGGAGAGGGGCGCGAUCCAAUGGCAGGCAGCGCGGAGAGAGCCCGGCCAGGGCACGGAACGGCCAGGAUGAGGCGGGGAGCCAAACUUGGCGCCCCCAGCCGCCCUCUGAGGACGGAGGGCCCGGGGCACCGCGCCGGUGGGGGCCGCUGGGGGCGGGAACCCCGGUCGAGGGCGAAGCUCUCCUGCCGCGGGACGCGCUGCUUUUCGCCGUGGACAACCUGAACCGGAUGUCUGGGCUGCUGCCCUACAACCUGUCCCUUGAGGUGGUCAUGGCCAUCGAGGCCGGGCUGGGCGACCUGCCCCUCUUGCCCUUCUCCUCCCCGAGCUCGGCUUGGAGCAGCGACCCCGUCUCCUUCUUGCAGAGCGUGUGUCACACGGUGGUGGUGCAGGGGGUCUCUGCCCUGCUCGCCUUCCCCCAGAGCCAGGGGGAGAUGCUGGAGCUGGAGUUCAUCAGCACGGUUUUGCACAUCCCCGUCAUCAGCAUCGUGCGCUACGAGUUUCCAAGGAAGAGCCAGAAUCCCCUUCACCUACAGCUGAGUUUAGAAAAUUCAUUAAGUUCUGAUGCAGAGGUCACCGUCUCGAUCCUGACCAUGAACAACUGGUACAAUUUCAGUUUGCUGUUAUGCCAAGAAGAGUGGAACAUCACAGACUUUCUCCGCCUCACACAACAGAACUCCAAGUUUCACCUGGGAUCCAUUUUGAAUAUCACAACUAACCUCUCAUCAAGUCAGGACCUUUUGAGCUUCUUGCAGGUCCAGCUAGAGAGCAUUAAAGAUACUACCCCCACCAUGGUGAUGUUUGGCUGUGACAUGGAAAGCAUCAGGAGGAUUUUUGAAAUCACCACCCAGUUUGGAGUGAUGCCCCCUGAGCUUCACUGGAUACUUGGGGAUUCUCAGAACGUGGAGGAACUGAGAACAGAGGGCUUGCCUCUGGGCCUCAUUGCUCAUGGCAAAACCAUGCAAUCGGCUUUUGAGUACUACGUUCAAGAUGCAAUGGAGCUAGUAGCAAGAGCCGUGGCCACAGCUACUAUGAUCCAACCAGAACUUGCACUCAUCCCCAGUACGAUGAAUUGCAUGGACACAGGUGUAGGAAAUCUCACAUCAGGACAGUAUUUAUCCAGAUUUCUAGCCAACACCACAUUCAGUGGCCUCAGCGGUUAUAUCACAGUGAAAGACUCCAGCAUCAUCAGCUCAGAAAACAACUUCUUUAUCUGGAAUCUGCAGCAUGACCCGGUGGGGAACCCAAUGUGGACCCGCCUGGGGAGCUGGAAAGGAGGGAAGAUCAUCAUGGAUUAUGGAAUAUGGCCUGAGCAGGCCCAGAGGCAUAAAAGCCAUCUCCAGUACCCUUCACGGCUCCACCUGCGAGUGGUCACUCUGAUAGAACACCCAUUUGUCUUCACGCGUGAGGUGGAUGAUGAUGGGCUAUGCCCUGCUGGGCAGCUGUGCCUUGAUCCCCUGACAAAUAACUCAUCAGUAUUGGAUGGCCUUUUUGAGAGCCUCCAGGGCAACAAUGACACAGUACCUUUCGAGUUCAAGAAGUGCUGCUAUGGCUACUGCAUAGAUCUGCUCGAAAAGUUGGCAGAGGACAUGAACUUUGAUUUUGACCUCUACAUCGUUGGAGAUGGAAAGUAUGGAGCCUGGAAAAAUGGCCACUGGACUGGACUGGUGGGAGACCUCCUGAGUGGCACAGCCCAUAUGGCAGUCACCUCCUUUAGCAUCAACACUGCCCGGAGUCAAGUGAUUGAUUUCACCAGCCCUUUCUUCUCCACCAGCUUGGGCAUCUUAGUGAGGACCCGAGACACAGCCGCUCCCAUUGGUGCAUUCAUGUGGCCUCUUCACUGGACAAUGUGGCUGGGGAUAUUUGUGGCUCUCCACAUCACUGCCAUAUUCCUCACCUUGUAUGAAUGGAAAAGCCCCUUUGGGAUGACUCCCAAGGGGCGGAAUAGGAGUAAAGUCUUCUCCUUUUCUUCAGCCCUCAAUGUCUGCUAUGCCAUCUUGUUUGGCAGAACGGCAGCAAUCAAGCCCCCCAAAUGCUGGACUGGAAGGUUUUUAAUGAACCUCUGGGCUAUAUUUUGUUUAUUUUGUCUUUCGACCUACACAGCUAAUCUGGCUGCUGUCAUGGUAGGAGAGAAAAUUUAUGAAGAACUUUCUGGGAUACAUGACCCAAAGCUCCACCAUCCCUCCCAAGGCUUUCGCUUUGGAACUGUCAGAGAAAGCAGUGCUGAAGAUUACGUGAGACAAAGCUUCCCGGAAAUGCAUGAAUAUAUGAGAAGGUACAAUGUGCCAGCCACCCCAGAUGGAGUGGAGGACCUCAAGAACGAUCCAGAGAAACUGGAUGCCUUCAUCAUGGACAAAGCACUCCUGGAUUAUGAGGUGUCAAUAGAUGCUGACUGCAAACUUCUAACUGUGGGGAAACCAUUUGCCAUUGAAGGCUAUGGCAUUGGCCUUCCUCCAAACUCUCUACUGACCUCAAAUAUAUCUGAGCUGAUCAGUCAAUACAAGUCACAUGGUUUUAUGGAUGUGCUGCAUGACAAGUGGUACAAAGUGGUGCCCUGUGGCAAGAGAAGUUUUGCUGUCACUGAGACAUUGCAAAUGGGCAUUAAGCACUUUUCUGGACUCUUCGUGAUGCUGUGUAUUGGAUUUGGUUUGUCUAUUCUUACAACCAUUGGGGAACACAUAAUAUACAGACUGGUCCUCCCACGCAUCCAAAAUAAAUCCAGGCUGAAAUAUUGGCUACAUACCAGCCAGAGACUUCACAGAGCUCUGAAUACAUCAUUCGUUGAAGAAAAACAGCAGGUUAUGACAAAACGAAUGGAAAAGAGAUCCCAUGCUGGGAGCAGUCAGCUUGCCGUGUGGAACACAUCCAAUCUGAGCAACUGCACCCGACGGACAUACAUGUACAGCGACGAAGGGCAAAGCCAUCUGAGUGUCCAGCCUCACCAGAACAUACCCCUGCCCCCGCUGAGGAGAGAGAUUCCAGCCUCCCUCGCAACCAAUGGGAAAGCAGACUCCCUAAACCUUACUAGGACCUCAGUGAUACAAGAGCUCACAGAGCUGGAGAAGCAGAUUCAGGUGAUCAGGCAGGAACUGCAGCUGGCCAUGAAUAGGAAAACUGAACUGGAGGAAUAUCAAAGGACAAAUAGGACUGUUGAGUCUUAAGCUAUUACUGCUCUCCCUUCUCUUUCAGUCCCCAUCCUUCCCCAAAUCCUUCUCACCCUGACUCCUUGAAACAAUUUGUAAUUGACUUUUGUAGCUUCAGAACGUGGCAUGGGAAAUCUAAGCAAUAUGUUCUACAUAAAAGGCAACCUCGUUGCCUGUAUCCUGCAGAGCAAGUUGGAGCAACAGUAUUAUCUAGCACUGCCUCGCUCAAGUAUCCUACAGGGUAGUGUUCUCUUUCAGAGAAAGAAUCUCUAGUCUUUCUCUCUAUGUGGACCUUGAACCGAUCGGGGCAGCUUUGGAUGAAAGGACCGUAAGCACCCAGAAUACACCCAUCUCCUAUUUCUUCUUCACCUGGCAACCCCAGGGUCAGUUCUGGUUUUUAGCCCUUUCUGUACAUUAAUUAUAAAAACAAGAAUCCAAUUGUCAUUCAGACCAGUGUCUUUUACAGGUUUUUUAGGGUUUUGGGUUUUUUUUUUCAAGGAACAGCAUAAGGUAGUAAAGUUGCAUGUUAUGCCCAAGUGGAGGAGUUUAGGGAAGAGGUUGAGGCACAGGCCAAGGCUCCUGUGUAGGGUGGCCACUGAUGGGCCCCCAAAGAUACCAAGCGCCCCUUUGCUGACCCAGAGGUAACAAGCGGGUGUUACUUUUUUUUAUGGCAUUUGUAAAGCGCUCAUUAUGUGCCAUGCACUAUACUAAGCA